CGGGAAACACAACAUAGGGAAACAGCACGCUCAAUUUGAUUUGCGGCGACUGUGCACAGCCAAGUUGUCCCCCUGCUACGAAUGUCUGCUACUUGAGCUCCGUCGCCGGUCCUUAUGAUCGAAACGUCCUGGUCUCAAUGCUAACAUCUACUGUAAUCACACACAUUUGUCACACAUGAUGCAGUUCCAACGCGAUCUUGAGGCGUCCUUGGAGGCCGUAUCGGCCAACGCCCAGGAGCUGCUCAAAUCUCUCAAGAGUCGCAAGGAUGUUCAAGACCUCAACGCGUCGUUGCCGAAGGAUCCUUUAGACAACUGCGAUGCUCAAACUCAAGCCGCUCGUGCGCAGCUGGCAGAGGCAGCGACAAGAAUCUUGCGGUUGUCGAUCCGACCUCAAGAGUAUCUGGAGCAUCUACAAAACGGCUAUCAACAUUUAACCUGUUUUCGCUGGCUGGUGGAACUCAACAUAUUGGACCACCUUCCACAUAGCGGAACGAUCAGCUACACAGAUCUUGCGAGAAAAGCCAGCGUGCCGCCUAUGCAAUUGAGAAGCAUCUGUCGCAUGGCCAUAUGCAAUGGAUUCCUGGAAGAGCCCGAGGCCAACCAAGUCCGCCACAGUCGCAUUUCCGCCUUGUUCGCUCGCGAUGAAAGCUAUUUAGGUUGGGCUAGAUGGAUGGUCAACUACUCUGUGCCAGCUGCAUACAAGCUUAGCGACGCCACGCGAUCGUGGGGCGAGACUGUCGCCAAAGAUCAGACCGCGUUCAAUCUGGGAAUGGAUGUGAAAGUCCCAUUCUUUGACCAUCUCCGCCAGACGCCCGCAAUGAAGGACGCCUUUGCAGCUUAUAUGCGUAAUGUGACUUCGAACGCAACUUGGGGCCUUCAGCACGCAGUCACCGGCUUCGACUGGGCUUCCCUUCCGCGGGGCGCAAAAGUCGUGGAUGUCGGUGGCUCUCUUGGGCAUGGUAGCAUUGCCAUUGCCAAGGAGCACACUCACCUUACCUUCGUCAUUCAAGAUCUGCCAGAGACGGUCGCUGGUGCCAGGAAAGAAAUGGCCCAAAAUGACAAGAUUGAAGCUUCUGUUAAAUCUCGCAUCACCUUUCAGGAACACGACUUCUUUGGUCCUCAAACAGUGAAGGAUGCCGAUGUUUACUUUCUUCGCAUGAUCUGUCACGACUGGCCCGACAACGAAGCCAAGGUCAUCCUCUCUCAGAUUCGCGCAGCACUGAAACCUGGGGCGCAAAUAGUCAUCAUGGACACCAUUCUUCCCCAGCCCGGCACAACUAGCGUUUUGCAAGAGCAACAACUACGCAUUCGGGAUCUAACAAUGAUGGAAGUCUUCAAUGCCAAGGAGCGUGAAUUGGAGGACUGGAGCUCAUUGAUGCAAUCUGCCGGUCUCGAGAUUUCUCGCGUGAACCAGCCGCUCAACAGUGUGAUGGGUCUGCUCACAGUCCGCUCAGCCGGCCAGACUGCCCUCUCCGGAACGAAUACACUCACGCCAGAGUUGGUGACGGCAGUCUCCGCAAGCACUGGCUCUGCUGAUUCGAGACCAGUCCUCAUUGCAGGCGCGGGUAUUGCUGGGCUCUGUCUUGCACAGGCUUUGAAGAAGGCCGGAAUUGACUUUCGCGUCUUCGAAAGGGACUCCCAUAUCGAUGCUCGGCCACAAGGAUACCGACUCAAAUUCGAAGCAGACGCCGCACAGUCUCUCAAGAACAUCCUGCCUGACGAUGUUUAUGAGGCUUUCGAACUCUCAAAUGCCGUCACCGCCGUAGGCGAGACAGACUUCAAUCCCUUCAAUGGCAACAUCAUCCACAGCCGCACUGGUGGCGGCCUGUCUGGCAAGAAGGGACUGUAUGCGACAUUCACUGUUGACCGCAAAGCAUUCAGAACUCAGCUCAUGACUGGCAUUGAGGACAAGAUCUCGUUCGGGAAGGAAAUCGCGUACUACAAGACUGAUGACUCUGCAUCUACGGUUACCGCUGAAUUCAAGGACGGCACUCACGUCACCGGAAGUUUCCUGGCCGGCACUGAUGGCUUACACUCUGUCGUUCGCAAGACAUGUGUACCAGACCAUCGUAUUGUGGAUACUGGUGCUGCCUGCAUCUACGGCAAGACUGUAAUGACACCGGAAUUCCUCGCGCGGUUCCCCGAGAAAGGCUUGAGGUUCAUGACUGUGGUCAGCGACAUCGCACCUAUGCUACAAUCUUGUCUCAUCGGCGACAGCCCAGUCACCUUACUACUGGAACCCAUCCGAUUCAGCGAAGCCUCGCGUGCCCGCUACCCAGAACUGCCUGCAGACUACGUCUACUGGGCACUCAUCGGACCCAAGGAACGCUUCGGAUCGCAAGAGGUGACUUCCAUGAAGAACUUCGUCUCACUGGACCAAGCGGCAGAACAGGCUGCCAAGCUCAGUCUCGCAGUCACCGAGGAAUGGCAUCCAAGCCUCCGCGCGCUGUUCGAGCUCCAAGACACAAAGCAAGCAUCGCUCAUUCGCGUUGCAUCCACAAUCCCCGAUAUUCCCUCAUGGGAGUCCCACUCCAAUGUUACCGUUCUUGGCGAUAGCAUUCAUCCAAUGAGCCCUUGUGGUGGAGUCGGAGCGAACACCGCAAUAGUCGAUGCCGACGCCUUGGCUAAAGUGCUCGUUGAGCAUGGCACGAAGCCACCGGUGAAUGCAAUCGCCGAAUUUGAGGCCGCGAUGAGAACAAGAGCGAAGAGGAACAUUUGGAGGAGUGAAGUUGGUAGUAAGAGAAUGUUUGGGCAGAAGAAUUUGGUGGAUUGUUCAGAGUUCGUGUUUUGA